AUGUUUCGUCGCUUACACCGCCCUCUUGGCGCCAUCCUAUAUGCGGCAAUCGUAAAAAGCGAGACGCAGUGAGGACGAAACGCCGAGCAGCGGAAGGAAGCCGCCGGACCGUGGCAAGUCGGCUACCGCUUUGAAUUAUUCACUUAGCGUCUUUUGGCUAUGUUAGCGAGAAACUUUAGGAAAAAAAUCAGCGAGAAAUGUGGGUGGCAUUUGCAAGAAAAAAAAGGAAGUAAAGAGUUUGAAAAAAAAAGUACCGGAAAUCUUGUAGCUCACGAAUUUAUUUUUGCUUGAAAGCGCAAAAUGGCCGACUGAAAUUUCCUCAAUAUCAUCUGAAAAAACUACAGUUCUAUUUUGUUUUGUCAAACGUAACUUCAAAGGUUUCUGAAAGGUGUCCGAAAAGCUUCUGCUUUUCUAGGUUGGAAAGUUUAACACGCACAAAAUUCCGAAAUCAUAUCGAAUAGACAAUGAUGAGAAUUUAACAGCCUGUAACUUGAACUCCAAGUGUUCCAAAUUUUUUAAAGUAGAACUGGGAAAAAAUUGAUACAUUUUUACUCAUUAGCAUUCAAAAUUUAACUGCAUGGGGAAUUACUGAAACGGAAUAUCUGAAGACGUUCUCUCUCCCCUUUGAAAAAAAAAUUCUGUUGCAAAAUGUUUACCUAACUUGACUAGUUGGCAAUGAGAACACGCAAUUUGACGCCGAAAUUGGUUUCCACGCUGCCAGACACCGGAGCUAAUUUUCAAAUUUGUUCUCGCAAGAAAGCAAUAAAUCGUGUUUUCAAACACCCACCGGCAAGGUGAAGUAAAAACACUCGUUAUACAUAAAACACGGGAAAAAACUGAAAAGGAGAGUUUUUGAUCCAUGCGAGCAAGUGGCACGACGCGUAAAAUAAAACGAGCCUAUUGGCUUCAGAAAAGCACGUCUCUCAGUGCUUAAUUUACGGGAAAAAACUAUACGAAAGAAUGAGAAGAAGGCCGAACAAAAAUUGGCGAAAAUAACAACCAAAUAACGGGGCAAAAUCUUUGUGAGGUUGCCUUCUCCAAUAGUGAAAUACGUCUUUUGUUGGAAUUUUCCGACGUUUUAUUGCAAUCGUGACCCAUCCUGAAAUACAAAGGAAGGUUAGAACUGUCAUAUCUUUCAGGAAACGCAUGAAAUACAAUUUUGUGCGAAAACGAUGCGAAAAUAAAAUGUGAACACGCAAAAAAGUUGGAUGAUUCUUUCCAGGUAGCGAAAAAAAUCUCACUCUUCAGGAGGAGUCUGGUCCGGAAAACCUCACUUUUUGAGAAAAAUCUCAAAAAAAGGAAGUCUAAAUUUUUUGGGCGUAAACGAACUAAAAAUAUUUUUCGAAGCAGCUGGACAAAAAAUCAAAAAAUAAUGAUCCCAAUUUUUAAAGGUUCAAAAAAGGUCAGCGAGAUUCGGAAACAAAAAAAUGUCCACAUUUCACUACGAACUCUAAUUUGUGAGAACACACUUAGUCUAUUUUUUUCGAAUUUUCCAGCUCUGAUGGUUUUUUUAUGAAUAUAUUCAUAUCUGCAAAAAAACAAAAAUUUGAAAAACUAAUCUGAAGUUCUAUCAAGAUCAACGGCUCACGUAUCAAAGAUCAAAGAAAAAAAGCCGUUUAGCUAGCCAUAAAGACCCAGUAAAAGAAGAAGGAUCAAGGACGACUCAGGUCUGAUAUGAAUGGAGGCGCACCGAAGAUGACAACGCUGCGUCCUGAAGGACAUGUUCGCCGUGAGCAAACAGAUGAAUUAGAGCUCCGGAUCGGUGUCCGGACUGCCACUUGACACUUUGGGAUGCACCUGUUUCUGACUGCCAACUUUCUUUUUGUCUUGAAAAAACAGUACUUCCUCAUCUAACAAUUCAAAGGUUUUGAAGGGCAAUGAAAAAUCUUUCCGGAUUCAUCAAAAGAAGAAUAGGAAUCUAUACUGUAGUUCUCAGAUGAUAAUGUUGACCACAAAGAUAGAAGGAUUUGAAAUGAAGGAAUAGGGGAAUUGUUAUGAAAAAAAAAGACGCGGAGUAAGUUUUUAUUGCAAAAUUGAAUAGAAGGAGUUGCUAGCAAGAAAAUUUAUUAUUCGAGAAGAUGGUCUGAAAUAUCUCCAGUUCCAUUGGAAUAGCCUAGAGAGCUUGAUUUUGUGAAACCUUGAAAAUUUCAAGCCUCAAAACUAUAAUAAUGAAAAUACUUCUCUCUUCUUUUCGUGAAAAAAGUUUUCAACUGAACUUUAUAAAUCAACUUUGAAUAGCAAUUUUUUUUUUGGAAGUUCCGAAUUUUUGCAAAUUCAGAUUACCUCAAAAGACUUUUUUAUUGAUUUUGAUUAUUUUGAAGAAGCCCCUAAAAAAUAAUCCUGAGAAGCAGCAACAUAAUUCAACUUCGUGGUAAAAAAAGACUUUCCCUUAAUGUCUCUGACUCAGAAAUUCGAAAGGAAAAAUAGCCACUCGACCGAAAUAUCAGUUGCAGCCAGGAAAGCACUCGAGAAAAGUCGCCGAUGGACCUUGCCGAGGUGCGGACUGAGGACGCCAUGGGUGCCAAACAGCGCGUAAUUAGCAAACACGCGAACGCCGGGGCGAUUCUGGUCACAACAAACAUUGUUGAUUAG